CCUAUGGAAUCCGGUGUAGUUGACGGGAUGGAAUUAUUAGAAUGGCUACAGACUGGUGUUGGCGAUGAACGAGAUAUGCAAUUAAUGGCGCUUGAACAGUUGUGCAUGACAUUAUUGAUGAGCGAUAAUAUUGAUAGAUGCUUUGAAAGUUGUCCUCCACGCACUUUUCUGCCUGCAUUGGGUCGUAUAUUUAUUGAUGAAAGCGCGCCUGAAAAUAUUUUGGAGGUAACCGCUCGAGCAAUAACCUAUUAUUUGGAUGUUUCAAAUGAAUGUACUCGUCGAAUUACCCAAGUUGAAGGAGCAAUUAAAGCAAUUUGUAAUAGGCUAUUACUUGCCAAAAUGACUGAUAGAACAAGCAAAGAUUUAGCUGAACAAUGCGUUAAACUUUUGGAACAUAUUUGUCAAAGAGAGGCCAGUGCUGUUUAUGAUGCGGGUGGUUUACAGGCAAUGCUUCACUUGAUAAGCCACCAUGACCAUUUACACAAAGACACAAUGCAUUCUGCAAUGGCUGUAAUCACCAAACUGUGUGCCAAAAUUGAACCUUUUGACUCAAAUUUGUCUGAAUAUAGCAAAAAUUUGGGCGAUUUGUUAAGUCAUGAUGAUGAAAAAAUUGCUGAGUGUGCUUUGAGAUGUUUCGCUGCAAUGACCGAACGUUUUAUCCGUCGUCAAAUGGAUCCUGUAGAAUUGGCUAGACCUAGCAAUUUAAUUGUACAUUUAUUUGAUUUGCUCAUACCUCCAGAACAGAAAAACAAUUUUUCUGAUGAUGAAAAGAAGGAAAAACAAAUUGAAAAAAAUAUGGAGCUUUCACGUAAUUCUGCUUUUAUUUCGGCUGUUUUGGCUUUAUUUGCUAAUUUGUGUAAAGCAAGUCCGACUGUUACUGCAGAAAUUCUUCAUUCUCCAAAGCUAGUUUUUGCUUUACGGGUUGUUCUCAAUUGUAAAGAUGAGCGUUGUAUAAAUGAUUGCCUUCGUUUUAUUGAUUUUUUGCUUGUUUUGCUCUGUGAAGGACGUGCUUCAAUUUCUAAACAUUGUUCGUUUGCGGAUACAGGUGCUGUUUCUUCUCUAGACAAGGCACAUCGCAAUCUUAUUGACUCGAUUAGACAAAGAGACACUGAUGCUUUAAUCGACGCUGUUGAAAAUGAAUCUGUUGAUCCAAAUAUGACAGACGAUGUAGGCCAAACAUUAUUAAAUUGGUGUGCAGCUUUUGGAACACCUGAUAUGGUUAUUUAUUUGUGUGAUAAAGGAGCUGAUCCAAAUAAAGGAUUGAGGUCGUCUUCAUUACAUUAUGCUGCGUGUUUUGGAAGGGCUGAGAUUGUCAAGAUUCUUUUGCGUUAUGGAGCUAAUCCUGACCUUCAAGAUGAAGAAGGCCGUAUAGCAUUAGAUAAAGCUCGUGAACGCAAUGAUGAAGCUCACCAAGUUGUUUGUGAAAUUCUUUCAAAUCCAGGAAUUUAUAUGAGCUCUUCAAUUACUUGUGCAGCAUUAAAAGAGCAAGAUAAAAAGGAGGAAAAACAAGCAACAGUUAAAGAACAACAAAAGGAGGCUGUAAAAAUUGAAGAAGAAACAAAUAUAGACCCUGGGUUAGCUGAAAGUUUUAUUCAACAAUUGUUGCCAAUUUUUUGUACAAUUUUCAAGGUUUUUGAUUUUUUGUUAAUUAAAUAGGGAGGAAAUUUUCUUUUUAAAAUAAGAUUAAAAAUAGGCAAAUCACAUUCCAUAAGCCCUUAACUGUUUCGAGACAGUGCCACUCCUAUUUUUCAAAAGAUUGAACGGGAGGGAUCCAGCAGGAUUGAUUAAAAAAAAGGAAAGGAGAAGCCGAAAAGGAGGAGCCGCUAACCCCGUUUCGUUGUUUAUAACUCUGAGUUUCGGGACAGGAGCUCUCCGGUGCCGAUCUCUAACUUAUGGUAGCACCCAGAUCCCGACCAUUAUUUUGGCAAAAACCCCGACCCGAACUCCGAAGACUACAUCGUCAAAGCCCGAUCCCGACGAUCCCGCCCCCGAUGGCUCGGGGUCUACCCUACUCAUCAUUUUACACAAUAAUUCAGUAAAUCAUACAAAAGUUUAGCCAGGUUAGAUUUAUUAGGUUUAUUACCCCCUGCAGGCAGACUAUCAUGUCUUUGACCGAAGCGAGCCUUUUUUUUAUUUUUUAUUUUAAAUUUAAUUUUUUUUAAUUUUUUAGUCUUCU